AAUGAGACAGAUCCAUCCCUGUGCUUUACAGAUUCACGCAAAAGGGGUCCUGAUUCGUUUCCUGUGUCUUUUGCAUUAAAAUACACGGGCAAGCAGCUGUCAACCCCUGUUGAAACGUGUCGGUUCUUUCCAUGUUCUUGGCUCGUUCCCUGGUGAAGAUGUCAGGCCACAAUCCCCUGUUGAAGCUGGAGCAGCGAGCGGCCGAGGCCGACCAGAUCAUCGAAUACCUCAAACAACAAGUCCAACUGCUGAAGGAGAAAAGCAUUGCCCAGGCCAGUGUUAAAGAAGAGAAGAAACUGAUGUUGGAAAACGCAAAGCUGAAGACUGACAUAGAAGAACUGAAAAAACUGCUGCUGGACAAGGAGAAGAGAAGGGGAGUGCUGGAUGUGGCAAUGCCAUCAGGUGAGCCAACUGUUGAGUGCAAUUCAAAGCCGAUUCCUCCCAAAUCCUCUGCUCCAGCACCGUCUACCUCCCCUGCUCCUGCUGCUCCUGCUGCUGCUGCUGCUGCUGCUGCUCCUGCUGCUCCUGCUGCUGCUGUCCAGAGCCCAUCGUCCAAGGAUGACGGUAAAAAGAAGAAAGCAGAGAAAAAAGGAGGAGAAAAAGCUGAGAAAAAGCCGGCAGCUCCCAGUCAGGAGGACGCCAAGGUGGACGUGUCUCGACUGGACCUGCGUAUCGGACGCAUCAUCACAGCAGAGAAGCAUCCUGACGCUGACAGUCUUUAUGUGGAGCAGGUGGACGUGGGAGAGGCUUCACCCAGAACGGUGGUCAGUGGGCUGGUCAAGCACGUACCUCUGGAGCAGAUGCAGAACCGCAUGGCAGUCAUGCUCUGUAACCUGAAGCCAGCUAAGAUGAGGGGAGUGGUGUCUCAGGCCAUGGUCAUGUGUGCCAGCUCCCCAGACAAGGUGGAAAUCCUGGAUCCUCCAGGCGGUGCAGUACCUGGAGACAGAGUGACCUUCCAGGGCUUCCCAGGUGAACCGGACAAAGAGCUGAACCCGAAAAAGAAGGUCUGGGAACAGAUUCAGCCAGACUUGCUCACAGACAGUCAGUGUGUCGCAACGUACAAGGGUGCUGCCUUUGAGGUCGCUGGCAAAGGAGUCUGUAAAGCACAGACCAUGAGCAACAGUGGCAUCAAAUAAAACAGCACAGCUGCUCGAAGUAUUUACCUGGACGUCACCGCGAUCGGGGUCGUAGAAACAGGAUGGAGAAAAAAAAAGCUGUGAAUUUCAAUAAAGGGAUUUGAGAGUA